AUGUCGCCAAUGCAUGAAUAUUCUCAAUUCGACUUUGGACCUUCAGCAGCGGCUCCAAUGCCCAUAGAGCCCUCGUACAGAAUGGCCAGGCCACCACCUUAUGCCGCAGGGGUCCCACAGAUGCCGCCGCCUCUUAUCAUGCCCACAACCCUGCCGCCGAACGGCCUGUGGCCCAGUAUGAUAGCAGCAGGAGGUCACCAGGGCAACUAUCAGCCUCCGAUCCUGCCUGCAGCCCCAAUCACGACACCAUUAUCUGCGGGUACCAGUUCAGACAUGACGCCAACCAGUGCUAAGACUACGACUUCCCGACGAAAGCUUACGGAUGAGGAGCGUCGACAGAUGUGCCUGGAGGCCGAGCAGAACCCCAACAUGAAACAAACCCAGAUUGGAGCCAAAUUUAAUGUUGAACGAAGUACUGUGUCGAAAAUUCUUCGCCACAAGGAGAAAUACAUGAAUCUGCCACCUUUGGAAGAUGUUGUGAGUCCGGGCAAGAAGUCCAAAGCGAAGCUUCCCGACUUUGAGAAGACCCUAGCCAACUGGGUCCGCAAUCAGCAAAAGAGAGGUCUCCCAGUCAGCGAUGACGACCUCAAAAAGCAAGCACGCGUCUUCUCGUUCAGCAGAAGUGAUCAGGCCAUCGUGUCCAGCAGUAGCUGGCUUGAGAAAUUCAAGCAGAAGAACCAACUCGGCAGAUAUGCUGAAGGCGUGGAUAUCAAUGGCACAUCAACCGGUGAAACAUCGCCACUAGGUUCGCCAGCAUCUUCAAAUGAUCUCAAGCUUCCAGCUGCUGCUGCUGCUGAAGACCACUUAUCGUCUGGCAAGGAAGAGCACACCGAUUAUUACGAUUUCGAGGUCAAAUCACCAGGACCGGGCGAAUUAGAAGCACAUGAACUCGUCUCUCCCUACUCCGCCACAGACCCUCAAGAAGACGAUGAGAUGCCGGACCUGCCUCCAAAUGAGGCUUUCUCGCUGGCUGCCAGCAACAUGAUCCGACAGCGCAGCCAAACUUUACCUCACUUAGGCGAGUAUUCCCAUACAGACUCUCGCGCAUCGACAGCCGCCCUUGAUAGCAAGCCGGCUUUCUCCCGAGCUUUGACGGCAUCGAUGGUCACGGGGACGCAAUCCCACGUGGACCCUAGUGUGAUGAUGAAACGACACAAGUCUGUACCUGACAUCCACGAGGAGAUGAACGAAGUCCAUUUCACCUAUAUGCACCCACCACCGAUUCCUGGUCACUCUGCUUCUGCUUCUCCGAUUUCGAACCCAAUGAGUCCGUCCGAGGACGACAACAUCAGGGCAUUGCACAGUAUCAAGAAGUUGUUGCAAGAGAACCCUGGCGUUGCAGACCCAGAUGAUUAUCUAGCCAUUGGGAAGUUGAUGGAGAAAAUGAGACUGCUUCGAAGUCCAACUCCGAGCUCCAUGAGCCUAAACGUUGAUGGGAAAGGACGCAAGCGACAAUUCGUUGGCAUCUCAUAG